AUGGGUGGAAAAAAUAAGAAAAGUCGUCACAGUAAUGCUCCUUCUGUCCAGGGAGUGGUUGCUGCGGCAAACAGAUCCAGGGCAGCAGCAGAACCUAGGGCUGCUGGAGAGGAUUCAACAAAGAGACAAACUGGUAAACCUGCAAGUGGAUCUUCAGGGGGCAAGGAGCCACGGAACAAGCAAGGACCCAAAACAUACAGUUUUGCUGUUGAUCCGGGAGCUUCAGUGAAUCAUGACAAAUCUGUACUGAAGGUUGUCAUUGAUAGUAAACUGGAAAAGAGGAUAAUUGAUUUAAUAAACGAGCACAAAAAACUAAAUUCAGAUACAGGAAUGGUGUCCGGAAGGUUGACUUCCAAGAAGUUACAGGAUCUCUAUAUGGCCUUACAGGAGUUUAAUUUUAAAGCAGAACACAUAGAGGAAGCCAUGACAAACACAAUCCUGUAUGGUGGAGACUUGCACUCCGCUUUAGACUGGCUCUGCCUGAACCUGCCAGAUGGUGCUCUGCCAGAGGGCUUCAGUCAGCAGUUUGUAGAGGAAGAGCAAAAAGUUAGAGCAAAGUAUUGUCCUCCUCCUCACAAGCCAGCCAACAAUCCCAACUCUGGCAAGUCAGAGGGAGCCCCUGCUGUAAAGGCUAGUAGUGAAAACGAUCUGAGCAUGAAAGAAUGGAUCCUAAGAUAUGCUGAGCAAGGAAGUGACGAUGAGGAGAGAGAGGUGGAUCCCGAUAAAGAUUCAGAGGUAGAAGAGUUUGACCCGAAUGAACGAUAUCUGGAACUAACUGCCAAGAUGCUUGAUGCCAAAGCACAGGCUGCAAGCACAAAGCAGGACAAAGACAAGGCAGGACAGAGGGAGGCACAGGAAAAAAUUCGGACAUAUCUGCAAGAGAUGAAGAACUUGGAGCAGCACCCCAUGUUUAAUCCUGAUGUGAAACUUCCAGAAGUAAAAAGUGAAAAAGAGGACACUCCUCCACCUCCUCCUCCUGAAGAUGAGGCUUUAAACUUUAAUUUGUUUGAAAGUGCUAAAGAGGGAACAGAAGAGAAAGCUAAAAAGAAACCUCCACUUGAUGUGAGGAAUUUUGAUUACACAUCUCGCAGCUGGACGGGUAAAUCACCAAAGCAGUUUCUGAUUGAUUGGUGCAGAAAACAUUACACUAAAAGCCCAAAUCCUUCCUUUGAAAAGGUACCUGUGGGCAGGUAUUGGAGGAGCAGGGUGAAAAUUGUGAAAUCGACUGACAACAUCAUGUCUGUGUGCCCUACAAUCGUAACAGAAGACAGUAUGCAGGCCCAGCACCUUGCAGCUACCUUAGCUCUGUAUGAGCUCACCAAAGGCCAGUCUGUUCAUCAGCUGCUGCCUCCAACAUACCGAGAUGUUUGGCUGGAAUGGAGUGAUGAUGAGAAGAGCAAAGAGGAAAAGAACAAAAUAGAAUCCAACAAACCUAGGGACCAGUUUAUUACCAAAUUACUGAAUAAGUUGAAGCUACAGCAACAGCUCAACAUACCUGCAAAGGAAUGUAAGGUUUCAGAAGACCCAGAAGACUCAUGGGAAAACUUAGCUGGAGAUGAAGAACUAGAGCAGAAAACAUCAGUUCCAGUGGAAAAGGAGAAUAUAGAAGCCGUAGUAAACAUUUUCUGUAAGUGCCGCGAUUCUGCAAAGUACAAAAGGCUACUAAAUGAGCGGAAGCAGUUGCCAGUGUUUGCACACAGAGACUUUAUCCUGGAGACACUCAACAGGCAUCGUGUUAUAGUGGUGGCUGGAGAGACUGGGAGUGGUAAGAGCACCCAGGUGCCUCAAUUCUUGCUGGAGGAUCUUCUUCUGAACAAAUGGGCCUCAGGGAAAUGUAACAUCGUGUGCACACAGCCCCGCAGGAUAUCUGCCAUGAGUUUGGCUACACGAGUCUGUGAGGAGCUGGGAUGUGAGUCUGGACCUGGAGGAAGGAAUUCCCUGUGUGGGUAUCAGAUCCGGAUGGAGUCUAGGACAGGGGAGUACACCAAGCUGCUGUACUGUACCACUGGAAUCUUACUACGCAAGUUACAGGAAGAUAGUUUAUUGAAGAACAUAACACAUGUCAUUGUGGAUGAGGUACAUGAGAGGACGGUGCAGUCAGACUUCCUGCUGAUCAUUCUGCGGGAGAUCCUUCACAAGCGCUCAGACUUACACCUCAUUCUUAUGAGUGCCACUGUUGACAGUGACAAGUUUUCUAGCUACUUCUCACACUGUCCCAUCAUCAGGAUUUCAGGGAGGACCUACCCUGUUGAGGUGUUCCAUCUGGAAGAUACCAUUGAAGAAACAGGAUUUAUACUAGAGCAGGACUCUGAGUAUUGCCAGAAAUUCCUUGAGGAUGAAGAGGAAAUUACUCUUACUGUCACAAGUAAAGGAGGAGGCAGCAAGAAAUAUCAGGAGUUCAUUCCUGUGCAGUCAGGUUCUGGGAUGGAAGGAAACCCCAGUUAUCAGAAGUAUAGCGCCCGCACCCGUCAUGCUGUGUUGUAUAUGAACCCCAACAAAAUAAACCUGGACCUGAUUCUGGAAUUGCUGGUCUUUUUGGACAGAAGUCCUCAGUUCAGGAAUGUAGAAGGAGCUGUGCUAAUCUUCUUACCUGGCCUGGCUGAUAUACAACAGCUUUAUGACCUUUUGUCUGUGGACAAGCGAUUCAAUGACCGGAGGAGGUACAAGCUGAUUGCCCUUCAUUCCAUUCUCUCCAGUCAGGAUCAGGCUGAAGCCUUUAUACUGCCACCAGCUGGAACCAGAAAGAUUGUCCUGGCAACAAACAUUGCUGAGACGGGAAUCACAAUCCCAGAUGUGGUGUUUGUCUUAGAUGCUGGAAAAACAAAAGAAAACAGGUAUCAUGAGAGCAGCCAGAUGAGCUCCUUAGUGGAGACUUUCAUAAGUAAAGCCAGUGCACUGCAGCGGCAGGGGAGAGCUGGCCGUGUCAGGGAAGGAUUCUGCUUCCGGCUCUAUACAAAAGAUAGGUUUCACAGUUUCAUGGAAUAUUCUGUUCCCGAAAUAUUGCGAGUGCCAUUAGAAGAGCUAUGCUUACACAUUAUGAAAUGUGAUCUUGGUUCCCCUGAAGAGUUCCUUUCUAAAGCAUUAGACCCUCCACAGCUCCAAGUCAUCAGUAACGCCAUGAACCUUCUGAGGAAGAUUGGGGCCUGUGAGCUGGCUCAGCCGAAUCUCACUCCCCUGGGGCAGCAUCUGGCCGCACUGCCUGUUAAUGUAAAGAUUGGAAAAAUGCUCAUUUUUGGUGCUAUUUUUGGCUGUCUCGAUGCUGUAGCGACUCUGGCUGCUACUAUGACUGAAAAAUCUCCAUUUGUAACACCUAUCGGUAGAAAAGACGAGGCAGACCUUGCAAAGUCUUCGGUGGCACUUGCAAACUCUGAUCACCUGACUAUCUUCAGUGCCUAUGCGGGAUGGAAGAAGAUCCGAGCAGAAGGAUAUGGCUCAGAGAUGAGUUACUGUAGGAAGAACUUCCUGAACAGAAAGGCUCUUCUAACUAUAGAGGAUGUAAAGCAGGAAUUGAUUCGACUGGUGAGGGCGGCAGGGUUUGAUUGUUCUCGACCUGGAGCUCACAGAAGCGGGGACAGACAAGCUCUCUCUACAGAGGAGACAUCUCUCCUUAAAGCUGUGCUCACUGCUGGACUGUAUGAUAAUGUUGGCAAAAUCCUCUUUACAAAGUCUGUGGAUAUGUCAGAAAAGCUGGCGUGCAUGGUGGAAACGGCACAAGGAAAAGCACAAGCACACCCAUCCUCUGUGAACAGAGACCUACAGACCUACGGCUGGCUCCUUUACCAGGAGAAGGUUAAAUACUCCAAGAUCUUCCUUAGAGAAAAAACAUUGGUGUCUCCCUUCCCGAUCCUCUUGUUUGGUGGUGAUAUCGCUGUACAACAUCGGGAACGUCUUCUGACCGUAGAUGACUGGAUUCAUUUCCAGGCUCCUGUAAAGAUUGCAGUUAUUUUUAAGGAGUUGCGAGUUUUAAUUGAAUCUGUUCUGAAGAAAAAGCUGCAGAACCCUAAAAUGUCUCUUGAAGAUGACAAGAUUUUGAGUAUCAUCAAAGAACUGAUUAAUACAGAAAAAUAA